AUGAAAUUCUUCGCUCCGUUACUAUUGAUUAUCAUUUUAACUGAGGCGGCUCCUACACCAAAAUCUUCUCAAUAUGAAGCACGCUCUGUGGGUUCCGUGCCAUGCUACAUUGGCUGUUGGACACCUUGCGAACAACUCCGAUGUCUUAAUGGUGGUUAUUGUAUACAACCAGCAACUAAAACGACUUUAGCUUAUUGUAAUUGUCCUUCACAAUAUAGCGGAUAUCGCUGUGAACAACCAGCUGAUCCAUGUCUAAGUUAUCAAUGUCAUCAUGGAACUUGUCAAAAAGAUCGUAGUAAUCAACCUUAUUGUGCAUGUAAUGAUGGCUACGUUGGUUCACGGUGUGAAAAUCAAAUUGAUCCUUGUUCCAAAGCCACUUGUAAUUUUGGCCGAUGUAAAGCCGAGCGUAGUGUAGUUAUAUGCCUAUGCAAUCAAGGUUAUACAGGUCGCAAUUGUCUUACACCGAUAGAUGCAUGUGCUAGUGUAUCAUGCAACUAUGGCAGAUGUGUUAACGAAGGUGCAUCGUAUAGAUGUCAAUGUGAUCCAGGUUAUGAAGGUUCAGCAUGUGAUCGACAAGUAGAUCCAUGUGCAAGUUUUACUUGCUACAAUGGAGGUCGAUGCCAUCCAGAUGGACAUCGACCAUUGUGUCAAUGUAAUCCGGGUUAUGAAGGUUCAGCAUGCGACCGACCAAUAGAUCCAUGUACAAGUUUUACUUGUUACAAUGGAGGUCGAUGCCGUCUACAUGAACAGCAACCAACGUGUGAAUGUACACUUGGUUACCGAGGAUCGGAUUGUUAUGAAAUAGAAGUUGUCGAUCCAUGUUUACGUUUUGACUGUUAUGGAGGUAGUUGUAUGAAUGAUCGAGGUGCAGCUCGAUGUAUUUGUCCAACUGGCCGUUCAGGAAGCCGUUGUCAAGAUGAUAUAUGUGCGAUGUAUCCAUGUGCCAAUAAUGGUCAAUGUGUUCCAGAAAGUGGUACUCGUAGAUGCAUUUGUCAAGCUCCAUAUCAUGGCGACGAUUGUCGAGACUAUACUCCACCAGAUCCAUGCGCGAAUGUUUAUUGUGGUUCUGGACAGUGUCGCGAUGGUAUUUGUGAAUGUUAUGGAGGUUAUACUGGACCUCAAUGUGGAAUUCCGCCAGAUCUUUGUGCUAAUGUGAAUUGUAAUUAUGGUAGAUGUGAAGAUGGUGUUUGUCGUUGCCCAGAAGAGUAUACCGGAACGUUUUGUGAAACUCUAAUAACAACACCUCCACCAGGGCCAUUAAUUGUUACAACAGCACGUCUACCUUUGACACCUUUAGUUGCUAUUACUGGUCCAAAAAAUGCUGCAUUAGUGGAUUAUGGUCGUUCCUUAAGUAGUCGUGCUGGUCCUAUUGGUUGGAUACUAGCAUUGAUUGCUGGUUUACUUUUAGCUGGCAUUGCACUAGCAUUUCUAGCUCGCAAUUGUGUUCCAAAACCAUCUCCUCCAAAACCACUUCCUGUUUCCGAUGCAACGCAAACUGAAACUCAGAAUUUACUUAAAGCAGCAGACACAUUGGAAACAACAAGAAUUGAAGAAACACGAGAAAUUGUUAGAGAAUAUGGCGUUAUGGAUAACGCUACUGGUCUUUUUACUAGUUAUCCAACAAUGUCAUCACGUCAUGGUGACUUUGCUCGCGAUAAUCAGCAACAACAAACAUCUACAGGCUAUACACAACAACGCUUUAUUGAAACUGAUUAUCAUCCACCACCAAUUCCCGACUUUGGUUAUGUUCUCGGCGAAGUAGUUGACGGAUUUCGAGAUACAUUUGAAACAUGGGAAGGUGAUUGUGGUGGUACUUGUGGCUAUUCAAUGAAUGCAAUGGAUGGCUGUUUUCAAACCGAUUAUGAAUUCAGUCAUAUUAAUUCGGUUAGUAUGACACCCAAUGGCAAAUAUGCUAUUGUUGGACAAAGCCAAGGACCACCACAAAUAUGGAAUGCUGUGAGUGGUCAAUUAGUUUCAAGUAUGCAUGGAACAUGUGCUAAUUGUAUUAAAGUUGAAUUGGCAUGUAAUGGUACACUUCUUGUUGGUCUAGCAGGAGACGGUAGUGAUAUUCAAGCACGUGUCCUUCAAAUGUGGGAUGUUAAUACUGGAAAACCCAUUCAAUUGACACAUCAAAUAAAAUGUGCUACAUUUACCUUAAGUAAUAAUUCAAAUAAUCUUAUUAUGGCUGGUAAUCAAAAAUUUGGUCGUGGAAUAUCUGUUGGUGUACUUGAUUUAAGUAAUUCAGAAUUAACAAAAGAAGUCAAAUCAGACACAAAUCAAUGCUAUGGUGACACACCAUCAUUUAUUGCCUUAACACCUGACGAACGCUAUGCUAUUGUUGGCUGUGCAACAGGAUCAACAUCAACAAACUAUGUUGUAUUCGAUUUAACAACACCGCACGAAUUAGUUCAACCAUCAACAGUAACAAUCGAUGCCGAUCCUAAAUGUACACUUGUUUUAAAUAAUGAUCAAAUAUUAACGGGAACAAGAAAUGGACAAGUUGUUGUUUGGGACGUUGUGUCAUGUCAACGUAUACAAACAUUAACUGAUAACGGACAAAAUGCACAUAGAGAUAGAAUUACUGAUAUUAAAUUAUCGCCUGAUCGUUCAUAUUUUGUGACAGCAAGUGCCGAUGGUAUCGCGAAAGUGUGGAAUGCAAACACUAAGGAACUUAUUUCGCGAUUAGUCGGACAUAAUCGAGAAAUAACUUGUAUUUGUAUAUCAACGAAUCAAUUAGUAGCAACUGGCUCUCGCGAUCGAACUGUAUGCUUAUGGCGUAUGCAAACAGGCCAGAUAGCAUCGAAUAUGUCCGUUAAUAUGACCCCACUUGAUAUACAUAUGGCUGGACAUAACCGAACAAUCGUUGCCAUCGGUGAAAAGGAUAACGAACGGCAAUUAUUAAUGCUUCGUGUUGCAUUUUUAUCACGAUAA